GUUAGUUCGUAACUUUUUUCUCUCCCUAUAAUAAUAAUAUCUCCAACUAACCUCAUUCUCAUCUACCCACGAAAAAAAAAGAGAAUAAACUAAGAAAGAAACAAAAAGAAAAAUGUCAUCUUCUUCAUCAAGAAACGCCUUUGAAGAUGGCAAAUACAAAACAGAUCUAUUAACCUUGGACUCAUCAUCUCGCUGCUGCAAAACGACGCCAUCUCCGCCAAAACAGCUGUUGGUGGCGACGCCAGUGGAGGAAGGAGAAUACCCGGUGCUGAUGCUCCUCCAUGGUUACCUUAUCUACAACUCCUUUUAUUCUCAGCUUAUGUCGCACGUCUCUUCUCAUGGCUUCAUCCUCAUCGCUCCUCAGUUGUAUAGUAUCGCCGGACCGGACAUAAUGGAUGAGAUUAAAUCAACGGCGGAGAUUAUUCAUUGGUUAUCCGUCGGAUCACUUAACCACUUUCUUCCAGCACAAGUAAUACCAAACCUAUCAAAGUUCGCACUCUCAGGCCAUAGCCGCGGAGGCAAAACGGCAUUUGCGGUCGCUCUAAAGAAAUUUGGGUACUCCUCGGAUCUAAAGAUCUCAACAUUGAUCGGUAUAGAUCCAGUUGAUGGAACAUGGAAAGGACAACAAACCCCUCCUCCAGUUUUGGCUUAUGAACCAAACUCAUUAGACCUAGACAAAAUACCGGUACUUGUCAUAGGUUCGGGGCUUGUUGAAACCUCUCGGAACUCACUGUUUCCACCAUGUGCGCCUCCUGGAGUGAACCACGAAGAGUUCUUCCGGGAAUGCCAAAGUCCAGUGUGGCAUUUCGUUGCGGAGGAUUACGGGCAUUUGGACAUGCUUGAUGAUGAUACAAAAGGGAUUAGGGGGAAGAUUCUUUACUGUUUGUGUAUGAAUGGUGAAAAGAGAAGGCCAAUGAGGAGAUUUGUUGGUGGAAUUCUUGUGUCGUUUUUGAAGGCUUAUUUGGAAGGAGAUGACUUUGAAUUGGUUAAGAUCAAAGAUGGGUGUCACAAGGGUCUUCCAAUCAAAAUUCAAGAGUUUGAGGUUACCAAGUAAACAUUAGUUUUUCUUUAGGGGCUGAUUUUCCUAUGAGUUAUUUACGAAAAGAGCACAGACAAUAAACAAAUCUUCCGAUCAAGGUACUCAGAGUACUUAUCUUCGCAUUCAGGUAUUCCUCCCGUGUACAAAGACUAUCCUAUCCCUACGAUUGUAACCAUAUCACUCGUCUCUCAAACUGAUACUCCCACUCAAAUAGGGAAAUAACUAAUUUUUUUUGGUUCGUUUGUCCGACUAAAUGUUUAUAUUAACUUUUUAUCCGCGGUAAAUUAUAUGACCAUUUAUUUGCUAUA